UGACUUUGAUGAAAUGUCUUUAAAUCAAACAGCAAUGUCUGACGAGUGGGAAAGGGGAUAAUCCAUGUCACUUGCUGAUCACUGGUUGAGUUCUGAUGGGCUGGUAAACUUUUUUUAAUGGAGAAAAAUAAAGAAGAUGAAAUGGAGGACCAUGUGGUAAUAUUUUGAAACAUGAUCCCUCAUUCAUUCUUUGCAGGAGACAAAUUUAUUGGUUGAAAUUGUAUAAAAGGUACCUUGAAAUGGAUCCUAAUGUAAGCAACAUAGUAGACUUCAGAUACAACGGGCCAUAUUCACAAAGAAUUUACCAUUGUGCUAAGUUAACACUUUUUUUUUUCUAACAAGGAAACACAAAAAAUAGUAACUAUGCGGGUUAAUUUAUUAGUCACCAUACUUGUUUAUUGCUGGUUCUGUAACCCAAGCACUUUGAUUUUUGUUUUACAAAAAAAAUGUAAAAACGUAGCCUGGUAGUAAGGGAUUUGUGGAUAUGGCACAGUAUGUAGGCCUACAUUUUUUAAAAAAAAUUAACUAAAUGUAACUGCUUUUGAGCUGGAAAUAGAAAAACUGUUUCACCUCAGUAGGAAGUUAAUGGCAUGAAAAAAAUGGCAAAAUGAUUCAUUGUUGUUUUGUUCAUUAUAUUUUCAAAAGUAUCAAAGUCUUCUCACAAAUAGUGAACUUUUCAACCCCAGAUUUCCACAUUUUAAGAAAACAAUGCAAUUUUAUUGCUAGACAGGACAGCAAAGGUUUGGUCAGAGAAUGUGCCCUAAGGUAUGUGUGGCACAAGACAAUACGUGUCUAUUAAAUUCUAAAAUGUAAAAUAUAAUAACAAGAAGCCAUACCAAUGGCCAGCUGUGUCGGACAGCAUUCGGCCUUUGGAUCAAACUGUGAUACAUGUAAAGGAAAUUCACCAAAAAAUUUGAAGAAAAAAAAUUGGUCGAGUACAAUGUGACUUUUAUUUUUAUUUUUUUUAAAACAUUGUAAAUUAAGUAUUGCUACUGCAUAAUGACAACUAAUUAUAUUGUAUGUUGCAUUGUGUUAUUUGAAAUGCCUGGGUAAUGCCUUUCAAUAGCUUUUAAUGUCUUCUUUUAGUCAGUCUUUUGUUUGUCUGAUCUAGUUUACCUUUUUGUUUCUACAACCUCAUACCCCUGACUUAUAAUGUUAACAAGCUCAUAUACCAUUUUAAUAGAGUUAGAUUCUCUCUUUUUAUUCUCAAAUUUCAUUAUUAUAUUAUCCAUUCUAGCUGGUGGCUUGUUGAAUUUAAAUGUUCAUAACUAACUCCUGUGGUUGAUGCACUCUAUGAAUCUACAGGGCAGAUAUAACAGCACAAGGAGAUGCAGAGUGGCAGCAGAAAGCAUGUUGCAAUCAUUUUGUUUUGCAAGGACAGUUAAAUUUAUUGUAAGCCUCUCCCUUAUCCACAGGGCAGACAGAUGGAUACGCUAUUCCUGCAUUGAUGCGAUGAUUUGACUUGCCUAUAAAUACAGUACAGUAUAUCCCUGUUCUGGGUUAAUUGAGCCUUUCAUACGUGGGACCAUUGGGACCGUUACAGGUUUCUUAUUUUUUUAUUAGCCAAAAAAAGCCACAUUCUGUAAGAAGUUGGCUACUUCUUUCCAUAAAUGGCUAUUUAAAGGUGACAAUAUGGAGGUGUUUGCAGAUCAGCUAACAAGCUGUUAAAUGACAGGUUCUUUAAAGUUGGGUUAAAUGGAAUGUUUACAUGCAGACUAUUUUGGGUUGUUUAUUUGUGGAUUAAAACUACAAAUAACUUUCAGCUAUGUUAAGGUUAAGAAAUAAAUGUCACGGUAACAAUCAUUCUGUUAAAAAAAAAAAAAGAUUGUUAACAAUUCUGUUAAAAAAAAAUAAUAAUAAUUUAACAAUUAUCAGCAGUAAAACUAUUAUCAGCUAGUUUUACAGUCUGGAUUUGAAUUAUGUUUAUUAAAAUGGCGAAACAGCUAAAUUACAAAACCUUUUCUAAAAUAAGCCCAUCUUUGAAGGUGGUUAACUGUCUUGAAAAGUGCCCAACAAUGUGCACUAUAAACAUAUUGCAUUAUGUCCAGCAUGGACUGUGAAUGGCCAGAAAUAACCAUUUGGGAUAGAUGCCGUACAUGUGUACCCAUUUAUUCAAGGGGGUGUACUGUACACUGUGCUAUGUUCGAGAAAACUGUGUAAUUAUAAGUUAGAAAUAGAUCUAAUUAUUUUUUUAAAUGGUAAGUGCUUCAUAUAAUUUACUUAAUGUUUGUGUUUCAAACUGAAAAUUGGUUAUGUUGCUUGCUCUCUCUCUCUCUCUGCCAGCUGAGAAGUUUUCUGUCUCAUAUUGAUUUAGAAUAAUUCUGUAUCUGAUUUUUUUUUUUUUAAAACGUGUUUUUAUCAUAUUUUCAUAAGAAUUUAAUUUUAAACAAUCUGAGGAUACAAUUAACUAUAAACUGUGUUAUCUUUAGUCUUAGGGUUUAUGAAGUCUCUAAAACCCCUCACUUUUUCUUUCAUCUUUGAUACUGGCUUCCAUUCCUUCAACUAAUAUCCUGCUAUAUAUAAACAAUUAUUUUUUUCAGAGUAAAUGCUUUAUCUCAUGAUUCUAUUCUUGCAGUCACUGUCCGUACAUGGAUAAUGUAAAUGUGCGUAAUAAAAACAAAUGUAUCUGCAUUUUUUGUGAAACUAAAAAUAACAUUUUACUGAAUAUCUUCUUGUGGUUAAGUGUUUAAAGUUAAAGGUGAAAGUCCACUUUUUAUCUGAUGAAAGAGCAUGAGUAAAUUCUGUGACAUGUUGGUCCCUUAAACAAGUCUGCAAACAGUACUAAAAAAUCUGUACAAAUAAAAGAUAAUCUUAGGUAUGAGUUCACUGUGGGUAGUAUUUAAAUGUAGGGCAUCUCUGGAUAAAAUCCUAAAGCCACAAAUCUUAAAAUUUCUAGAACACAAAAUCAUAUUGUUAACAGUUUAGGCAUUCUAAAAUGGAAUACAAAUCUCAGUUAUACUGGUAACACUGAGUUCUUAUGCUGGUAACACUGAGUUUAUACAGAUUCAUUGGAAUCUGUUUGCUCCAGACACUUCAUCUUAUAACCAUAUGUUUUGUUGCACUGUUUUCUAAAUAGCGUAGGUAUUCUACAGUUUGCAGUGUACGGGUAAUCUUACGAUCAGGAGGAAACGUCAUGCUGUAUAGAGAUAGAAACUGCAAAACCAUGGUAUUAUGUCAGUGCAGACCUUCCUAAUGUAGCAGAUUGGUGAUGACCUUCAGACUAGUUCCUUUCAUGUUGUAAGCAGGCAGAAUAAAGAAUAGAUGCUUUCUUUACAGGGUAGGGUUUCUUUCCUAGUGCAACCCACUCAGGAGUGAGAGAGAGAGUUUGUCCAACAGUGCUCUUUAGCUGAGGGUACACCCACUAAAAACGAGCAAUUCUUUCAUUGCCUAGCCUGUAGAGGGUGACGCAACUCAAUGGCAGCUUUCCGCUGAGUAGUAGCAAGGGAGCUUGGCAGGGAACUUGACAGGGGUCAUUAAACCUGCGUCAUCUGGACUAGAUGGUUUAUUUCAUGACUGUUUUUCCACUUGGUUUCUUCAAGUCAUAUGAAGUACCUUACUGUCUGAGGUCCUCUGCAACUUGAAUUGCUAACAUUGCUGCAAUACCAAGAAAAGGCUCAUGCAUAGCACAGUACUGGAAAUAUAUAUUUAAUGCAGAGAAAAUGCUCUAUUAUAAUACCAGGCCGUUAGCUAUAACAAUCCACCCAUAACUUUUAACACUCAACUGUUUUGAUAAUCUUUCAAUGUCUUUUAUUGUUUGAAAAUAUAUAAGAAGUAAAAACGGUAAUCAAUAAAUACAUCAGAAGGGAGUUAAAUAUAAGCCUUUUUUAUUCCUUUGUUUUGUUUUUUCUCUAAACAUUAACAUAUCUAUUUUUGCUGAUCUAAAGUACCUGUUCAUAGAUAGGAAGAUCAGGACCUGGAAUAAAUCAAAACUAUAGCUCCACUAUGGUCAUGGUAUCAUAUAACAUGUCAUGUUAUUUAAUGUUCGAUAAAAUAGUGCUGUAAUCUAAGAUUUAAUUUAAAUCUGAUUAUUUCUUUUUUUAGUUAUUUGAAAGUAUGAGUGUCAUUGAUGUGUGGCUUACAUGUUUGUUGCAGUACUUCUUAAUUUUGGUCUGUAUAUACAUUAAUACUCUGGUGCUUCAGGAAGGUGUAGGUUGUGGCUCAAAGAUUUGCUGACUAGGCUGCCCUUAUGUUGUUACAGAACUUGAAUCAAAACCUGCAAUACUGAGACAAUACUGGAGACCCACCAGAGAGCACAAUGUUUUGAUUUUUGUUGUUUGUUUUUCGAAAAUUGAGACUACAGCUUCACUGCUAGACGAUUAUCAGCCUGUCACAGUUUUGUGUCUGUAGUGUAAUUAGAAGCACAGCUAACUAUAGAGAAAUCCAAGUAUAUAUUGUUAUAUUAGGUCUCUGUUAUUCAGCAAAGUAUGAAGAACUUUUCAAGGAUCAGUCUUAUGAUAUAUUUUUAAAAGGGUUUUAAAUACAGAAUUCCCAGUGUCUUUAAAUAUCUAUAGGUUAAAGUGAAAACCGGUAGCAAUAAUGCUGUUUAUUUGUAUUUAUUAUUUUUUUUUUUUAUCUGUAUUGAUUUCCAGAGCAAUUUGACAGUUUUGUUUAGUUCAGCAUCCUUUUCAAAACAAGGAUGUCCUCUCAGUCUGUCAAACAUUUUGUUUAAACCUCCGCCAAAAACCCAAGGAAUUCAUGCCUGUUUUAGGAAUUACUUCAGGCUCCUGUCAUAACUCUCUGUUGUUAAAAUCUUGGCUGAAGGUUUGAAGUGCAUGAAUGUGUGCCAAAUAGUGAGCAAAUCCAAUUCUGAUGUCUUGAAAUAGUAUGCCUAAUGUGACUCAAUUGAGAAAAUAAAGCUAUUGUGUGAUGACCUAAGUGUUGUGGGGAUUUGGUUUCUACAUUGAAAAUACAAAUGUGUGUUUUUUUUUUUGUUUUGUUUUGUUUUUUUGUUAUUAGAAACAAUAACUGGAGCGAGAGGAUGGAAGUCAGGAUAUUGCUACUGAUAGUCAGUUGCUCAGUGUAGUAGCUACAGUUCUUUAUUUACAACAGUGAUCCCUGUGUCAAAUUAAAUCCCUUGGCACAAACACCAGGCAUAAGAUGUUUUGUAUUGUUACAUUUGUCUCUGCUAUUCCAGAUUGUACCGAAACAAGCAGAUGAACCCCUUGUCCCAUUACUCUCCUAGUCUAGAUGGUGCCUUGUGUUUCCUAUCAGAUCAGGGUGCUUGCUUUUCAUGUAGGUCUCUGUCCAGACUAAAAUGUCUUUCAGUAAGCGCUACACCAGCAUUCUAUUGCGAAAAAGAAAACAAAAAACAAAACAUGUUAUAGUGGAAUUUAAUAUAAUCUACUUUUGUGAUUGUCUCCUCUUUCUUGUAGCUGGCCAGUUUCUGCUUUGCUGUGAUAAUUACAGUACUCUGAUGAUUUUCCUACCUGUGAAAUAUGCCAUUCAGCUUACUCCAAACAUUCACCUUUUAUCGCUUCUCUCACGUGAUGAUGAAAUUCCUUCCCACUCCCUCUCAACCAUGUUGCAGGCCAAGACACUCUAUGCCAGGACACAUGGGAAUAAUAACCUCAGUCUCUUUACAAUCAGUGAAUGAGUCUUAGCAAACAAUUAACUCGGAAAGCAUAGUAAACAGCCACUUUAAAAGAGAAUAGGGAUUCUCAUGUUUCUGUUGGUACAAGGACCUGAGCUAUUACAAAGGGCUGGUCCGGAAUGGGACAUUGUCCGGACUCGACUCUUGCAUUUAGGAUAGGCUGCAGCUCCAAACCAGCCUGGGAAAACGUUAAAAAAAUGUAAUUAAAAUUUUAUAGAGAGAGAGAGAGAGAGAGAGAGAGAGAGAGAGAGAGAGAGAGAGAGAGAGAGAGAGGUGGUAUACUAUGAUCAUUCUUUAUAUAUUAAUAGACCCUUUUGUGUAUUAACUUUUAAUAACUUCCUUAAUAAUAUGUUAACAAAUGUGUUUAAUUGUUAAUGGUUAGUUAAUAGUGAUUUAUUUUUCAGUUAAAGUGCAAUUUUGAACAUUGCCUUCAUCUUGUGCAGGAUAUUAUAAAUCAUGUAUACAAACCACAUCAACCACAGUUACAGAUCUUAUCCUGUUUACUUACUAAUGUCAAUUAACAAUAAAAUGUCACCCUGUGCAUAGAAAUUAACAGGUCUUCAGUAACACUUUACAUUUUCUGUUUUCUGAUAAGUUAAUAUGUUGUACAAUGGGGCGUGAUUUUGCACUGCAGGCAAUGCACAGUGCUUCCUUAUAGUAUUGGGUUUGAACAGAUGGUGGUUUGGUUUAAAUUACAGUGAAUACUGAAGUAUGAACAUGCUGGCUAAAAUGUUUGAUUUCCAAAACCUGUCAGGUAAAUACAGUAUGUGUUAGACUAAAGAUGAUACUGAGUAAAUGUAUUGUUUUCAAAAAGUAUAAAGCUACUUUUAAAACUGAUUCAUGCCACCUGUUCAGUUGUUCAAUGAUAUGGACAGAAAAUAGCAUAAUCAUAUUUUCACCAGUUAAGAAUGAUACUGAAUAUGAAAAACAAAUCUUUGAAAGAGGAGGCCUUCUAUAGCCUUCAGCUAUUCUAAGCUUAAACCAAACCUAUAGCAAUUUAAAAAUGUGAAUGCUUUGCUUUUCUGAGAAUGUAGCUGUCAUGAGCUUGUUUUCUAUGAACAGGUAAAGAUGCUUCUUGGCAGAAUCCGGACUACAGCAACCAGCCACUCAAGCUGACAGGAGUGCAGCUGGCAUCCAAUGUCUCGCUGGGUGUCAGGGAGCAGCAGGACCAACUGGGUGACAUGCAGAAGUGCUUAGACACCGGCACAGCCAGCUGUAACGACCUGACUGCCUCCAGCCCAGAUAGGCAAACAGAGACCAACACAAGGCAGGAUAUUCGGAAUGGCUGCUUAGUGGUGACACCACCACCACCUCCAGAGCCUGAGGACCUGGGGACCUUGGUAAGCUAUGACAUGAAGGACAGCCAGGAGCUGCCACCCCCUCCCCUGCCUACACCACCUCCUGUCCAGGAUGCCUCACUAGCAGGUCCAACACACCAGCCUGGGAAGCAAAAGCAAGAGCCGUCUCCCCAUGGCACCCCAACACGACCCACAACUCUUCGGCUUGACCAGCUGCCUAGAAAGGUGGAGGCAGUGGAAAUACCCUGCCAGCAGUUACCCAGCCAGCAGGCACCCAGCGGGCAGUCACAGGCCUGUGAAAAUAGGGCUGCUCCCAAGGACCCUGAGGCUGAGGAGAAGAAGGAAAUGGAGGAGGAGCUGAAAAAGUGCAUCGAGGAUUUCAGGAGGAUCAAAAUUCCUUCACACUUCCCAGACCGCAAACGCCACUGGCAGAGCGAUCUUCUUAAGAAAUACAAUGCAUAGGAAAAUAGGAUACUCACUGGCAACAGUGUUAAAAGCAAUCUGUAACUACAACCAUAUAAACUUAUAAAUCUUCUUUAAAGCUUGCAGAUUAAACAUGGGGUGAUGUUUAAGGAGACACAAUAUCAGUCAUUUGUAACACACACUUUGUGUAAAAAAAUUGACUGCUCCUUCUAUCACUGACGAUUUUGUUAUGCAAGUAGAACCCCUAACAUUAUAUACACAACAAUCUUGUUUGAAAUUAGUUCACUGUUAGCAAGACAGCAAAUCUGACAGUCUUUGACAGAGGGCAGGCAGAUGCUUCUGUGACCAAGAUUGCACAAAUGACUGAUGUUUCACAAAGAACAGUCUCAAAUGUGAUGACUGUGGGAUGUUUUGAAGAACAGACUUUGCUGCAAAUUGAGGAAUUACUGAUUGAUGGUAACUUUUCCUUCCAGAAGCAUUUAAAUAUCUUACAGACUCAUCACGUCAAAUCUGUCCAGUCCUUAUUUUAAUUAUUUUUCAUUAAUAUCUGAAAAUAUGAAAGUAGACCACCUUAUUUUGUUAUUGCAGUAUUUUCAGUAAUCUGAUAGGGCAGAG